CGACUGCCACAUAGCUAUCUCUCUCCGUCUCUGAUUCAACUUGAAUCGGUGCUAAGUUCUCAGGCGAAUUGAGCUGCUUUUGCUUCGAAAAGUAUGAAACUUGAUUGAAGCUAUGAAUGCGAAUCACAACCUCUGGACGGAUGGUCUUAUCUGCGCUUUCGAGUUUCAUCAAGGUCGUCGCAAGACAGCCAAGUACGACGCAACAAGCGCUCUUCACCGAGGAGAUGCUCUUUAUACUCUAACCAAAAAACAUGAAUUUAAAGAAGAAGAGCACUCAAGGAGUCACUGGCGACCAAUUGGUUGGGAUAGGCUCUCUGAGCUUGUUCAGACAGUGAAGGUUGAUGGUGAGUGGUCAGUGCAGAACGUUGAUGUAGAUCAUGCAACGGUUGCUGAGCUGGCUGCUCCUUACUGGGACCGACCACUCGCGGGUCCCACGUGGUGGUGCCACGUUGAUGCUAGCCAUCAAGGUGUCGCCUCGUGGCUGCGUAAUGCCAAGUGGUUGCAUCCGGCUGUUAGUGUGGCUCUAAGGGACGAGAGCAAGUUGAUUAGUGAACGGAUGAAACAUAUUUUUUAUGAGGUUCCGGUUAGAGUUGCUGGUGGGCUGUUGUUUGAGCUGUUGGGGCAAUCAGCUGGUGAUCCUUUUAUAGAAGAAGAUGACAUUCCCAUUGUCUUGAGGUCAUGGCAGUCACAGAAUUUUGUAGUGACUGCGUUACAUGUUAAGGGGUUUGCUUCGAACAUUAGUGUGUUAGGUAUUACAGAAGUGCAGGAAAUGCUAAUUGCUGGUGGAGCCUGCAUUCCAAGAACCAUACAUGAACUUAUAGCGCAUCUUGCAUGCCGCCUUGCUCGCUGGGAUGAUAGGCUAUUUAGGAAGUAUAUAUUUGGUGCAGCAGACGAAGUUGAGUUGAUGUUUAUGAACAAGAGAAUGUACGAGGAUCUAAAUCUGUUUACUAUAAUCUUGAAUCAAGAAAUCAGAAGGCUUUCCACCCAGGUCAUACGAGUGAAAUGGUCGCUUCAUGCAAGAGAAGAGAUUGUGUUCGAGCUGCUUCAGCAACUAAAAGGCAACACAGCAAAAGACUUGCUUGAAGGAAUAAGAAAGAGCACACGCAAUAUGAUCAAUGAACAAGAAGCAGUCCGUGGCCGCUUAUUCACUAUCCAAGACGUCAUGCAAAACACCGUUCGAGCUUGGUUACAGGAUCGAAGCCUGACGGUUACACACAACCUAGGAAUCUUUGGAGGAGUUGGCCUUUUGCUGACAAUAGUGACCGGUCUGUUUGGGAUAAACGUAGAUGGCAUACCAGGAGCUGCAGAUUCUCCACAAGCCUUUGCACUUUUCUCAGCCAUUCUUUUCUUCUCAGGUUUUGUUUUAGUGGUCGGGGCUUUGCUCUACCUUGGACUCAAGGAGCCAGAGGCAGAAGAGAACGUGGAGAUUAGAAAACAAGAGCUUGACGAAAUGGUCAAGAAGUUUCAAAGAGAAGCUGAGUCUCAUGCGCAGGUCUUCCAGAAAGUUCCUCAGAAUAUAGAACGCACUGGUACUAGUAGCAGUAGUAGAAUGUUAGUACAUGAUCCAAAUGGUUACGUUCUCUUGGACUGAAAAUCAAAUAAAAGUUUGGUUCUCUUGAUGAUA